GUCUGUGUGUGUGUGUCUGUGUGUGUGACAUGCACAUGGAGUGACCAGUCCCACUCAUGGAAACCCAGAGGAAGAGCUCUGGGGAUGAUGACGGAGGAGAGCGAGGCCUGCUCCACACCUGGAAGGGCUACUCCUGCAGCAUCACCCCCGACAGGCUGCUCCUGCCCCGGCCCGUCCUUCAGGUCGCCCUGGGCAUACGACACGGAGUUCUGUUGGUGGAAGGGGGACAGGUGUACAGCUUUGGGGAGCUGCCCUGGAAGCAGAGUCAUGUCCCCGGAGGACCCACCCAGGAAUGUGCUCUCAGCGGGCAGCGCGUGGUGGCCGUUGCAGCCGGCAGUUUCCACAGCGGGGCAGUGACGGAGGACGGCGGCGUCCACAUGUGGGGGGACAACGGUGCAGGACAGUGUGGCCUGUCGGGCCUCAGUGCCGUCCCCAACCCGACUCCGGUGGCUCUGCUGGACUCAAACUCCAGUCCUCCCCUGCAGACGGUGCCUGUGCUGGAGCUGGCCUGCGGGGAACAGCACACCCUGGCACUGACGGUGCAGCGGGAGGUGUGGGCGUGGGGCAGCGGUUGCCAGCUGGGCCUCAAUGCUGCCACCUUCCCUGUGUGGAAGCCCCAAAAGGUUGAACACUUAGCAGGGAGGUAUGUACUUCAGGUGGCCUGCGGGGCUUUACACAGCCUGGCUCUGGUGCGCUGCCUGGGAUCCCAGGACGUCCAGCGGCCCCCCGUGGACAAAUGCAGACACUGUAACCAGCUCCUGUUCACCAUGACGGACAAAGAGGACCACGUCAUCAUCUCUGAUGGUCACUACUGCCCCCUUGGCGUGGAGCAAACUAAGGAUGAGAGGAAGCUGGAGACGCCUGGCGCCGCCCACGGACUCAAAACAUCUCCAUCUGAGCCCGUCCUCUCCUCUCACACAUCCACCUCUGAUUCCCCAGCACCUCAGACAAGUGAGGACCCCUCCUCUGACUCGGCCCCCGUCCAGGACCGGGAGAAAGAGGAAAGAACCGUGGCUAACGGAGUGCUGCCCUGCUCAGACUCUGACCCUGCUGCUCAGUCUGAGGGCGGCGCUGUAUCGGUGGUCAAGAGUUCCCUCUAUCCAGACGAGCAGGCGGUCAAAGACUACCUGAAGAAACUGACAGACAACACGCAGACAGAAGGGAAGUCGGGAGGCCUGCACAGUCUGCUUCCUUCAGGCGUGGGGCUGGCCUCCAGCCCGAGCGCCACACUCAACAACCUGGUGGCCUCUUGCGCCUCUGCUGUGGGCGAGCGGGUCGCCUCCACCUACGAGGCCUUGUCCCUCAAAAAGAUGAUGAACUACCUGCCCUCUGGGGCGUCUCGGUCCGGCGGGCCCACUGGGCUUACCGGUACCGUCCAAGGAGUGGGAGACAACACCACAGAGCGUGUCCGCCAGGAGGACUCCAUGCAGGGCAAGAAGAGCUCCAGCACGGGAGACAUCCGCGAGGAGGAGGCAGAGAGCAUGCGGCGCCGCCUCUCGCUCCCGGGACUCCUCUCACAGGGUAGAUACGCAGUUCACCUCUUAUCAUCCUCCUAUGCCCUGCUGCUGUCCCCGCGGCUGCUGAGGAAAGCCGUUCGCCCCAGGAUGCGCGCCGUCGCCCUCACCCCACUGGGAGCUGUGGUCCCAGAGGCCCCGGACGUGCUGCCCACCCUGCACACAGAAGUGUGGAGCUGGGGCCACGGCGAGCACGGACAGCUGGGACACGGGGACAACCAGGCCAGAUUACAGCCUCAGUGCAUCAAGAGUCUGAACAGUAAGGAGGUGGUGCGGGUGACGGCAGGCGCGGGUCAUUCCCUCGCUCUGACCGCUCAGUCUCAGGUAUUCUCAUGGGGAAACAACAGCGCUGGUCAGCUCGGACACAUGGAGACACCCAGCACCAUCCCCCGGCUCGCAAAGCUGUCGGAGGGCAUCCGGGUGUGGGACGUGAGCGCCGGGGAGAAACACACCCUCCUCCUGGCAGACGGCGACUGCAUCCAGCCCAUCAUCUAUUACAGCGGGCAGCAGGUGAAGGCGGCGGAGGAGGAGAGCGAGGCCAAGGAGCCAGGUCAUCAGGAAGAAGGAGAGGAGGAGCAGGAGCGGAAAGGGGGCUACACCCCGCAGCCUGUACUGCUGCCUUUCUGCAUGCAUCUGGGUUAUGUCAGCAGUGUGUUCGCGGGGGGCAAACGGUGCGUGGCGCUGUCGGACAGAAACGUGAUGGGCUUCAUCGCCAGCCUCCACGAGCUGGCCGCUACCGAGAGGAAGUUCUACUGCAAGCUGUGCAGCAUCAAGACACAGAUAAUACGCCCCCUGCUGGAGCUGGAAUCCCUGAGCUCCGCCCUUGGCCAGGUGACCUUCGGCCUCCUGCAGGUUCUUGCAGGUCAGUUCAGCCUCCUGUGUCACGUGACCGGGCAGCACGCCGCCAGCCUCACGGCCAACCUGCGGCGUGGACGAGAUGUCAAAAGUCUGCUCAUCCUCGACCACGCCAGCAUCUUCCUCGACUCCUAUAACGAGUACUGCAGCACCCUGGGUAGCUUCCAGGUGAUGGGAGGUGUCCAGGCCCUGACCAAGCCCUCACUCGAUUUCUUUGGGAAGAGUCCCGGGCUGCUCCAGCGGCUGUCUGAGUGCAGUGAGGAGAACCCCCCCGUGGCAGACCUCCUGUCGGCACUGUUCUACCUCCCGACAUACCACAUUCGAGAAUACGGCCGGCUGCUGCUCAAACUGGCCACCUGCUUCGAAGUGUGCUCCAGUGACUACCAGAAGCUGCAGGACAGCUGCUCCAAGUUUGAGGCGUUGGCCCUCCAGCUGAAGAGAAGACGGAAAGACGCCGAGUACACGUUUCACUUCUGGAAGAGCUUCCCUGGCAAAAUGACGGACUCUCUGAGGAGGCCCCACCGCCGGCUGAUCUGCGAGAGCAGCAACAAGGCUCUGACCCUGCAGAACGCCGGGAGGUUCUCCGUCAACUGGUUCAUCCUUUUCAACGACGCUGUGGUCCACGCGCAGUUCUCUACCCAUCACGUCUUCCCUCUGGCCACGCUGUGGGUGGAGCCCAUCCCAGAGGAGAACACUGGCACAUACGGUUUGAAGGUGAUCACACCAGAGGAGACGUUCACCCUGAUGGCCUCCUCUCCCAUGGAGAAGGCCAAGUGGCUUCGCUCCAUCAACCAGACGGUGGACCAGGCGCUGAGCGGAGCCAUGUACGACACGGCAUCACUCAGCCCGGGGUCGGGGCCAAAGCUGGAGCCCCCUACCUCCAGGACGGCAUCCUACACUUUUUAUAAGGAUGGGCGUCUGAAAGAGGCCAAGUACGAAGGCCUCUGGCUCAAUGGCAAACCCAACGGCAGGGGAGUGUUAAAAUGGCCUGAUGGGCGAAUCUACACAGGGGAGUUCAAGAACGGACUGGAAGAUGGGUUUGGGGAAUUUGUCGCUCCCUUUAAAGCGCUCAACAAGAACGAUCACUAUCAAGGUCACUGGAAAGAUGGGAAGAUGCAUGGCCUCGGGACGUACAAGUAUGCCAGUGGUGAGGUUUACGACGGAUCCUUCCAGGAUGGGAUGCGACACGGCCAUGGCAUGCUGCGCAGCGGCAAACUCAACACGUCCUCCCCCAGCGUCUUCAUAGGCCAGUGGCUGCAGGACAAGAAGACCGGCUAUGGAGUCUUUGACGAUAUCACAAAGGGAGAGAAGUACAUGGGCAUGUGGCAGGACCACCUGCGGCAGGGCACCGGGGUGGUCGUCACCCAGUUUGGCCUGUACUACGAAGGAACCUUCAAGGAUAAUAAAAUGAUGGGCGCUGGGAUCCUUGUGUCAGAGGACGACACGACGUAUGAGGGGGAAUUCUCUGACGACUGGACCCUGAACGGGAAGGGUGUGCUGACCAUGGCGAACGGUGACUUCCUGGAGGGCUCCUUUGGUGGCGAAUGGGGCUCCAGCCUCAAGGUGACGGGCUCCUACUUCAAACCACACCUGUUCGACACCGACAAAGAAAAGACUCAUGUCGUGAAGCUCGGCCGUCUGUGUGUGGGCUCGGAGGACAAGUGGAAGGCGGUGUUUGUGGAGUGCUGGAGUCAGCUGGGCUGCGAGACGCCGGGGCAAGGGGAGACCGGGAAGGCCUGGGAGAAUAUCGCUGUGGCCCUCACUACCACCCGGUGGCAGCUCCAGGACAGGCCGGAGAUUCUCUCCCGGAGCCACAGUAGAACCCUGGAGAGUCUGGAGGUCAUCCCGCAGCAUGAAGGACCCAUCACUAUGGACCGAUAUCACACCAUCCGCCUCUACCUCCUCAAGGCGUGCGACACCCCGCUCCACCCACUGGGGCGGCUGGUGGAGACCCUGGUGGCGGUCUACAGGAUGACCUACGUGGGCGUGGGAGCCAACCGGCGCCUCCUGCCUCAGGCCGUCAAUGAAAUCCAGUCUUACCUCAACAGCAUCUUCCAGAUUGUCAGAUUUCUGUUCCCAGACCUGCCAGAGGAGGGCGGCCAGAUUCCAGAGCCGAGCACCAACCUGCAGGACAAGAAGGAGCCGGGCUCGACUGAUGCCCCACUGCAGUCCCCCAAACCUGUCCGUGUGGUGAGCUGCUCGGCUCUGCUGCUUCCCGUCCUACUGCCUCGUCUCUACCCGCCACUCUUCACCCUCUACGCACUUGACAAAGAGAAGGAAGACGGCGUCUACUGGGAUUGCGUCCUGCGCCUCAACAAGCAGGCCGACCUCGCCCUCCUUGCCUUCCUGGGCGUCCAGCAAAAGUUCUGGCCUGUUUCCAUUUCUCUCUCCAUACCUGCAGUGGGGGAGAAGCAGCAGGUUCUCUCCAGCACCAAAGACGCCUGCUUUGCCUCUGCAGUGGAAACUCUGCAGCAGAUUAGCACGACGUUCACCCCGUCUGACAAGCUGCAGGUGAUCCAGCUCACCUUCGAGGAGAUCACGCAGGAGGUCCAGUCCCUGCUGAAGCAAGACUUCCUGUGGUCCAUGGACGACCUGUUCCCCGUCUUCCUCUACGUUGUGCUGCGAGCUCGUAUCAGGAACCUGGGGUCAGAGGUCAGCCUGAUCGAAGACCUGAUGGACCCCAGCGUCCAGCACGGAGAGCAUGGCAUCAUGUUCACCACGCUCAAGGCGUGUUACUACCAGAUCCAGCAUGAGAAGAUCACUUAGCGUGGCGUUACUCCCUCUGUGAUCCUCACGACGCUGCCCCAGCCCCCCCCCCC